AUGGCUACCAAAACCCUCCACUUUCUUUUGGUUCCCCACAUAGGUCCUGGCCAUACUAUUCCCAUGAUCGACAUGGCCAAACUCCUUGCAAAACAACCGAACGUAAUGGUGACAAUCGCUACCACACCCCUCAACGCCAUCCGAUACGGUGUCACCAAAGCCGAAAUCCCCUUCCGAUACCUUGAACUCCCAUUUCCGACAGCUGAGGCUGGACUACCUGAAGGAUGCGAAAUGACAGAUAAGAUCCCUAGUGUGGAUUUAAUCCCAAACUUUUUAGCCGCCAUUGACAUGCUUCAGCAAAAGCUCGAAGAACGUUUCGGGAUGCUAAAACCUCGCCCAAACUGUAUCAUAUCCGAUAAGUACAUGUCUUGGACAGGUGAUUUCGCUGAUAAGCAUCAAAUUCCCAGAAUCAUGUUUGACGGAAUGAGUUGCUUUAACGAACUCUGUUACAACAAUCUGUAUGUAUCCAAGGUGUUCGACGGUUUGCCUGACUCACAACCCUUCGUAGUCCCUGGUUUACCUGACAAGAUCGAGCUUACAAGAAACCAACUCCCACCGGAGUUCAAUCCCAGCUCCAUUGACACAAGUGCCUUCCGUCAACGUGCUAGAGAUGCAGAGGUGAAAGCUUACGGAGUUGUAAUCAAUAGUUUUGAAGAGUUAGAACAAGAAUACGUUCACGAGUACAAGAAAUUAAGAAAAGGUAAAGUCUGGUGUAUUGGGCCAUUGUCGCUCUCCCUUAACAAUGAUUCUGAGAAAUCUCAAAGAGGAAACGUAAGCUCAAUCAACGAAGACCAAUGUCUAAAAUGGUUAGAUUCUCAAAAACCCGAAUCUGUUAUUUAUUCUUGUUUUGGUAGUCUUGUUCGUGUUAACACCCCACAACUAAUCGAGCUUGGGUUAGCCCUAGAAGCAUCAAAUCACCCAUUCAUUUGGGUGAUUAGAUCUGAUACUAGAGAGAAAGAAGUCGAGGAAUGGCUUUCAGAAAGUGGAUUUGAAGAAAGGGUUAAAGAUCGAGGGUUAAUCAUCAGAGGCUGGGCCCCACAAGUGCUAAUUUUGUCUCACCCUUCAGUUGGAGGAUUCCUGACUCAUUGUGGAUGGAAUUCAACUCUGGAAUCAGUGUGUGCUGGUAUUCCGAUGAUCACAUGGCCUCAAUUUGCAGAGCAAUUUAUUAAUGAGAAACUGGUGGUGCAGGUUUUGGGGACGGGAGUGAGUGUUGGUGUGGAUUCUGUUGUUCAUGUUGGGGAAGAAGAUAGGUUUGGGGUCAAAGUGAAGAGAGAGGGUGUUCAGAAGGCUAUUGAGAAAGUAAUGGAAUGUGGAAUUGAAGGAAUUCAAAGAAGGAAUAAAGCAAAAGAGAUUGGAAAGAUGGCGAAUGAUGCUAUAAAGGAGGGAGGGUCAUCGGAUUUGAACUUGAGACUACUAAUACAAGACAUAUUGCACUAUGCAAAUGCAAGAAACUAA